UCGUUAGAGUAUGCUUAUGUGCAAAUUCGCAUCAACUCUAAAUAGCAUUUUACAAGUUUCCAAUUUUUAUAUUAUACGCCACGGUGGAAUACAUGUACACAUAAUUAGCGCUCCAGACGGCAUAGUCAUUUCGAAAAAAGGCCGCACUCUGAAGUCAGCAUGUUGCAUUUUUAUAAAGCGUCAUAUUUUCCUAAUGAAGGACACUUAUCUAUUUUACCUUAAUUCCCGGAGAUAUUGUUGGACGAUGCAUAUUAUACGCACUUGAAGGUUGUAAUGCACAUGUACAGUACGUGCAUGACAUGAACGUUGAACUAAGUGGAAACAUGUGUGCAUUUGUGUACUUAUUUUUAUAUUGCGCUUGUUUUUCCGCAUAAUUCCCCUUCUGCCACUUUACUGGAAAUAAAAUGUAGCAAUAGCAGGACUAUCAGGAAGUUGUAAUUAUACGGGUACUUACAUGUACCGGAAAAUCAAUGUGUGGUACGAAGAAAGCGUCGUCUCGGUGGCGAAUGUAAUAUUUUUGUGUGAAUCACUUACUAACAACAAAAAUGGACAACGGCACAUUCAAAUCAGCAUCGGGAGUAAUUCUAGACUGGACGAAUACCUGUGGGCAGCGGAUGUGGCCGCUCUUUCUGGCUUCGUGUUUUACCUUUGCCGGUGCAAUGUGGAUAGGGCUGGCCGUGGGGCGGGGACUUUUGGCUGUAUGGGAAUACCGUCACAGGAGACUCUACAGACCAGCAUCGGGUGUUGCGGAUAAAAUGCGCAUACGCGAACAACCUAGCUGGAUGUCCACGGUGAAGUUUGUUGUGGGCGAAUUUCUUUCACUGUCCACAGCGACAGGAAGAGCGUUGGCUUUCCUGGAAUUUUGUCUGGGAAUGACAGUCCUUAUCAUCUACUUCUCGAGGGUCUCGGGGAAGAUAACCGCUGUAGAAAGCUGCAUUAAGUGGACGCAGCGUCCGGACUUACAGCUUGAAUGUAUCUGCAACACUGUCCUCUUCCUUUUCUUCGCAUUCCAGUUCACUGGUGCUAUGGAUAAAGUGGAGUUUUUGUUGUCGAUUAAAGCGAUGGUAACAUAUUUCACCAUACCUCCAUCAUUCCUCUCCAUGAUUUUUAAUCAUGAUUGGAUCGGGCUGCGGUGUCUUCGUGCUUGUCAUUUGUUAUUUAUAUCGGAUUACUUCCGCUACACCCAAUUGAUUAAGAAGGCUACUGUGCGGCGAUUAAUUCACAUUUGCACAGUUAUCGUCACUGUUACUCUAGUGGCAGCGGGAAUAUUUCAUUUGCUGGAAUUAACUGGGGAUGACUGGUUGCAAGUUGACAGCGAUGCUACUCGUCAGGACAAGUCAUACUGGGAAUGGGUGUACAUGUCCGUUGUCACUUUAUCGACAGUAGGAUUCGGCGACAUUUCACCCAAAUCGACUCUUGGCCAGAUCUUCUGCAUUAUGCUGAUAGUGGGAGUUUUGGCAUUGUUUGCCUCGGCAGUACCAGAAAUAUACGAAAUCAUCAGCAACUGGCACAAAUUCGCCGCGCCUUACCAACCGGAGCGCGGUGUGCACCACAUUGUGGUUUCCGGGCACAUCACCAUUGGAACGAUGCAGUCGCUGGUCAAGGAUUUGAGCCGACCAGAUCGACGACAGUACUGUCUCGAUAUUGUUUUUAUUAGUCCGAGCGAACCAAGCAUGGAGGUCAAGUCUUUUUUAAAGGAAGUCCAGACGUAUGUACAUUAUGUUCAAGGAAGUCUGCUUUAUGCCGCUUGUCUGCAAAAUGUUAAAAUCAACGACGCCGAAGCCUAUCCCCAUAAAGAAAAACGGCUGUCAGGACUACAAUUUGAAUCUUUUUCGGUUGCUUCGAAGAAGGCUUCCGCCCAGAUCCAAGUCAUACAACGUUAG